AGUAGAAAUCCAUAUCAGUUGUUCUUGUUAUGUGUUGAUUUUUGUUUUGUUUGUAGAUUUAUUUUUAUUCCACGUUUUAAGUUAUUUUCUUUAUUUGAACGUACAAAUAUUUUAAAACAAAUAAAUCAGAAAUGCUUAAGUUUGCUUUUACUUUUCUUUUGGUGAUUAUUCCAAUAAUUUUAGUGAAAACAGAUUCAACAAAUACAACUGAUACAUGGAAUGGCAAUUGGUUCCCCAGGAAUCCAUUAAAACAAACAACAGAGAAAAUUGAUCUCAAGGGAUUAUUUGGUGCAACGAAAUCAGAAACAAAUAUCAACGAUUCAUGGACUGGCAAUUGGUUCCCCAGGAAUCCAUUAAAACAAACAACAGAGAAAAUUGAUCUCAAGGAAUUAUUUGGUGCAAAGAAAUCAGAAACAAAUAUCAACGAUUCAUGGGAGGGAAAUUGGUUCCCACAUAAUCCAAACGCAAAAGUAAACAACAUUCAGAGCGGCAAUUAUGUUCAAUCGGACUGCGAUGACGGAGAGAAAAAUAUCGAUAUUGAUUUCGAUCCCGAAAACAAACAACAUAACUACAAAUAUCUCUGCUUGAAUCUCAGGAAAAAGUAUGAGCCAAACUAUGCCACGUCUCCCAUCCAGCGAGAAACCAUUAUUCCACCAGCUUAUAAGGCUCCUGUUUAUUGCCAGAACGAGACGAUUGAAUAUGAAGAGCGACUACCUACGUAUGGUGCUCAUCGGCAACUCUAUCCGCAAUACGGAGAGUAUAAGUUUCUUCCCAUACAAAGAUGGAUGCAUAACCUUCGAUACGGUGCUGUUGUUAUGCUUUAUCACCCUUGUGCCAAUCAAAUGCAAAUUGAAAAGCUUAGAGGCACACUGAACGCUUGCCUUUACCGCCACAUUAUUACUCCAUCUACAAUGCUUUUACCUGAACGUCCAUUAGCACUUCUUGCAUGGGGCAAAAGCCUAGAGAUGUCGGUUGUGGAUGUGCGCACUGUUGUUGAUUUUAUUACCAGCAGUGCCAAAAAAGGGCAGGAUAAAGGGGAACCAGAUUUUGGGAAAUACGAUCGAGGUUUAAUUGCUGAAGCAAAACUUGUCACGGAUGAAACUGAUUCUGAAAUAUGUGCGAAUAUAAACUUAUAAGAAUUCCAUAUCGUAGCUUAAGGUCUUUUUUUAAUUUUUAUUUAUUGAGCUAAAGUCUUUACUUUAGUUAGUCCUUAUUAAAUGUUGUUGCUUUAAUUUAAUAUAUUUAUUGGUGGAUGGCGGUGUUUACCAAAAAAUGUAACUGUAAACUAAAUUUUAAUGAACGAAACGUACUGAAUCUACAAACCAAUGGGGAUGCAAAAGAAGGACCUUGCCUUCCUAGAAUCUACACUAUAUUUUUUUUAAUUUACAUUUUAUCAAAAUCUAGACCUAGUUCAAAAUUCAAAUUGUUUUUAAUGUGCCUUUGACCCCGAAAAAUGUUCUGAAAAUACAAUUUCUAUGUGAUAAGAAAAUUAUAUUUAAAAAAAAAACAAUUAUUAAAAGAAAACUGUUGUAAAAUUAAAAAAAAAAAAAUAGAAAAACAUGCAUUAUGAUUAGACCUACAAAUUUCUUCAAAUGUUUGCAUGGACUAUUUAUAAUAAGAAGCCCUCUUUAAAAAAAAUAAGAAAAUUAUAAAAACAAAUAAAAUUCAUUCAAUAAAUACACAGAAUGUUUAAACAUGAAAAUAUAUUAAGUUUUAAUGAAUUCAUAGGAAGUUAAAGGCUUACCACUGUUGUUUCAUGAAGUUUAAUUUUGCUUCAAAAACUUACCUUUACUUUUAAAGCACUGUUUUACACUUAUUUUAUACACAUCUUAUGUCCAACAAUAAACACAAUU